AAGCGACUCUCCACCUUGUGACCGGCACGCUCCUUCGGAGUCCGUCUGUUCCCUAGCUUCCCAAGUGUUCCAGAGCACCUGUUUCGAGUGAGAACGUCGAAGACAGAAUUGACGAUGGCGUUGCUCGUGGAUUUGAGCCGCGGUGCUUUGUCCUCAACUUCUCUCCAGUAUCACGUUCCAUGUGCCACUGCCAGCUCGCGCAACCGUAUCCCCUCUCAUGUGACAGUUCGAGCGUGGAAUGCCAGCCCUGCUUUACAAUCCGAGCUUUCUACAUCUUCUCUGUCCGCUGGUUUUAGAGUCCAGGCCGUGGAAGAGACGAGCAGCAGUAGUAGUGUUGCGUCACCGACUGAGGAUAAGUCCGCUUUUGGAGUUCCCCAGGGGGGUUGUGCUGCUUGCGGCAAGCCCGAGAAGGUCGGAGGAUGCAACGGGGAAGGUAGAAUACAGGGCGGAAUUGGAGCGGUUCCGGGCUUCGGGUGGUGGCCCAUCAAAGCUUUCAGGCCAUGUCCGGCUUUCGUCGAAUCUGGAGGGAAGUAUAGACGAAUUGGGCAGAGCUUGGAUGAAGUUGCUUUCGGAAGAGCAGCUGCUAGUGACGAUCUGGAUAUCUCUGAGCGCCUGAAAGGUCAAUAAUCUGAUGGUGUACUCGUUCAUGGACGCUCAGUGCUUGAAAUUCAUCAAUAUUACGAGUUCUUAUGCUCUUCUGCACAAGCUUUCGCCCAUCUUUUGUAUUUCACAGAAUAUAGACAAAUGUAGACAUUUUUGUUUUCGCCUC